GAAAAAGCCCAAGAAAGAAUAAAAAUAAAAGGGAAAUCCUUUUUGUAAAAGAGAAAAAAAAAAGGAGAAGCCCACUUAGGAGAAGCUGGAGCAAAAGCUGGAAAACAGCAAGCUGCACUAAAGUGGCGCAGAUGGAUAAUUGACACUUGCCCUUCAGUCCAAUUUUUAGACGGGGUUAUCUGGCCAGGGAUCUGGAUCAGGCCGCUUCCCCAGUCAAGUGAAACUUGCAACAUUUUCAAUGAAUAGAUCUGCUCAAUGUCAAUGCCGCAUGUUAUCUAGUUUGCAGAGGAGGUUUUGUUUCUGACUGGUUCGAUCAGUUCUGGUUGAAUUGGAAUUGGGUGAUUGAGGACAUUUUGGUGGUCUGAACUCUGAAGGCACAAAUACUGAUUCUAACUGAGAUCUCGAAAUCGAUAGAUGGGUUCUAGAUUUCCGUCUCAUCAGUUAAGCAAUGGGCUAUAUGUGUCAGGCCGACCGGAACAGCCCAAAGAGAAGCCACCCACCAUGAUGUCCGGCGCUGUGCCUUACACAGGUGGCGACAUUAAGAAAUCUGGGGAGCUCGGAAAGAUGUUUGAUGUUCCUUAUGAUGCAUCAAAAUCGAAGAAAUCAGGACAAUUAUCUGGCGUUCUAGCUAACCCUGCUGGUCGGGGUUCAUUUUCGGCUUCAGGGCCCCCGUCUUCCGGUGGUUCUGGCCCCAAUUCUGUGCCUAAUGUUGCUAGCAUGAACAGGCAGAGAUCCAAUUCAGGCCCGCUUAACAAACAUGGUGAAUAUGUGAAAAAGACUUCUGGUCCUCUUCGGCAGAACUCAGGCCCACUUGCUCCGGUUCUUCCGGCGACCGGCCUCAUAACUUCAGGUCCAAUCUCUUCAGGACCCCUGAAUUCAUCUGGGAUGCCCCGAAAAAAGUCAGGUCCAUUAGACUCUUCAGCACCUGUUAAACUUCCCAGUUUCUCCGUUACCCAUAAUCAAGCUGUUACCAAGCUCACAGAGGAAGAGGAUUACUCUUUCAAACGGAACUUCCCGAAGCCUAUUUUGUGGUCUGUGAUCCUACUGUUUGUGAUGGGAUUCAUAGCUGGUGGAUUCAUCCUUGGCGCGGUGCGCAAUGGUGUCCUACUCAUUGUAGUGGCUGUCCUCUUUGCAGCUGUGGUUUCAGUUUUUACUUGGAAUUCAUGCUGGGGAAAAAGGGCUAUUACUGGAUUCCUUGCAGGAUAUCCUGAUGCAGAGCUGCGGAGUGCAAAAAAUGGUCAAUAUGUCAAGGUUUCUGGGGUUGUCACCUGUGGGAAUGUUCCACUUGAGUCUUCAUUUCUCAAGGUUCCUCGAUGUAUAUACACAUCUACAAGCUUAUAUGAAUACAAGGGCUGGGACCUAAAGGCUGCUGCCAGUGCUAAGAACCGCAGUUUUACAUGGGGACUGAGAUCUUUGGAGAGGCAUGUAGUCGACUUUUACAUCUCUGACUUCCAGUCUGGUUUAAGAGCAUUGGUCAAAGCUGGUUAUGGUGCAAGAGUGACUCCAUAUGUUGAAGAAUCAGCUGUAGUUGAUAUAGACAAGAACAACAAAGCAUUAUCACCUGAGUUCAUCAGAUGGUUGGGGGAAAGAAACCUUUCAUGUGAUGAUCGUAUAAUGCGUCUGAAAGAAGGGUAUAUCAAAGAAGGAAGUACCGUCAGCGUGAUGGGUAUGGUUCAGCGCAAUGAUAACAUCCUUAUGAUCGUCCCUCCCCCUGAGCCUUUCUCGACAGGAUGCCAGUGGGCCAAGUGUCUUCUACCUGCAACUCUUGAAGGAAUUAUCUUGAGAUGUGAAGACAGCUCGAAAGCUGAUGUCAUUCCAGUCUAGCUUGAGGUCCCUGGGCCUUUCCGUCGUUUAGCAUAAUCCAGGUUAUCAGUUUUGUGAUUGCUCAGGAAACAGAAAAGAAGGAGUCCUUUUAUGGUGACACCACCUGCUGGAUGGUAGUUAGGCUGGUCCUGGCGAGAAGCUUCUCUCACAUCUCCCGUUCUACUGUUCUUGUAUUCAUUCAGUGUUCAUUGUGGUCAAAGAGUUCAUUAUGGUGAAAGAGGCUUGUCUGUAAUGUUUGAUGCAAAGGAUUACAAUUGUUAAUCAUGUAAAUUUUUCAAUCAAGUUUGAAAUAUGAGAUCGGUAGGUUUUGCA